GCUCCUGCGAGAGAAGGAGAACACUUAGGAGGUGGUCGCUCUCCUCAGCGUAGUAAGCCUGGGUAUGGAGACCAUAGCGUAUUGGUAAAACCCUAAGUAUUCCGAGGGGCUGCUAGCCAGGGCUAAUUCUCUGAGAAAUACAAUGACAGAUAAAGCUGCAUAACAUUUACAUUAUUUAUUUAGAAGAUGCUUUCAUCCAAAGCAGCAAACACUGUUCUGAGAGAAAGAUGGGUUAGACCCUGGGAUUCGAACUGAUGACCUUCUGAUCACAGACACAGUGCCCUAACCCACUGAUAACAUGCCACAGGAGUCAAGCGAACACAGAGCACAGUUGUCUUCCUGUAAUUUUUACAUCUUGUAAAUGUUUGCCGCUGAGAGCCGUGUCCCAAUACAGAUAAACAUAGGAGGACUCUUCAAAAUCCACUUAACACACGCCGCAUGGUGUAGGACUCAAACCCCUGCUGGUUCAGCUGCUGUGGUACCUGGCCACACCCCUCUGGCAGACCAGGCCUCAAGACCCAAAUUAAAUGGUGACGCUUGCAGCUGCAGCCACCAUGAGUGUUUCAGAGUUACUGCAAGAAUCACAACAGAACACUACUUAACACGAUUAUCAGAAUGAUAGAACAUGCCAGCAAGAGUCUAUGACACGAAGCCAGCAAGAGUCUAUGACACGAAGCCAGCAAGAGUCUACGACACGAAGUCAGGAAGAGUCUACGACACGAAGCCAGCAAGAGUCUACGACACGAAGCCAGCAAGAGUCUACGACACGAAGCCAGCAAGAGUCUACGACACGAAGCCAGCAAGAGUCUACGACACGAAGCCAGCAAGAGUCUACGACACGAAGCCAGCAAGAGUCUACGACACGAAGCCAGCAAGUCUACGACACGAAGCCAGCAAGAGUCUAUCACACGAAGCCAGCAAGAGUCUACGACAUGAAGCCAGCAAGAGUCUACGACACGAAGCCAGCAAGAGUCUAUGACACGAAGCCAGCAAUAGUCUAUCACACGAAGCCAGCAAGAGUCUACGACACGAAGCCAGCAAGAGUCUACGACACGAAGCCAGCAAGAGUCUAUGACACGAAGCCAGCAAUAGUCUAUCACACGAAGCCAGCAAGAGUCUACGACACGAAGCCAGCAAGAGUCUAUGACACGAAGCCAGCAAUAGUCUAUCACACGAAGCCAGCAAGAGUCUACGACACGAAGCCAGCAAGAGUCUAUGACACGAAGCCAGCAAUAGUCUAUCACACGAAGCCAGCAAGAGUCUACGACACGAAGCCAGCAAGAGUCUACGACACGAAGCCAGCAAGAGUCUAUCACACGAAGCCUGCAAGAGUCUACGACACGAAGCCAGCAAGAGUCUACGACACGAAGCCAGCAAGAGUCUACGACACGAAGCCAGCAAGAGUCUAUGACACGAAGCCAGCAAGAGUCUACGACACGAAGCCAGCAAGAGUCUACGACACGAAGCCAGCAAGAGUCUAUCACACAAAGCCUGCAAGAAUCUAUCACACGAAGCCAGCAAGAGUCUAUCACACGAACCCUGCAUGUUCAGAGAUGCAACAUUACAACAACAAAAACAAACUGAUGUGAAGCAAAGCAAAUUCAGCUGGAUAUCAUAUCUCAGCACUGUUUGAACGCCUCACUCCCGCCUGUACGCCUCACUCCUGCCUGUAUUCCUCCUUUGCCAAUUAUCCGACCCAGGGGAUCACUUAUUAGUAACUAGAUCUUGAAUUAAAAACGUAAUUGAUCUGUUCCAACCAGCUAGCUAACUUGGUUAAAAAAACAGACAAACUUAUAUAUAUGAUUGGACUACUAAAAAUAUUGCACUCUGUCACACAGUGAACACCACAUGGUCUGUAGAGGGGGGGGCUACGCUGCUGAAUCAGAGUGCGCCGCAUAGCUGAUGAGGAAGAACUGGUUCCAAAAAAGGUUACAUGUGUUUACACAUCCCAAAAUUUGACAUUUAUUAUUUAAUUUCUUUAUGUAUCUAUUGUUUGCAUUUGUUGAAGAUUGAAUACAGAAGUGCAGUUACUUGCCAAAGUAACGAACAUUCGUUUUAAUACUUCAGUAUUAAAAUAAAUUAAAAAGCAUAUGUGUUAUAAAGAGACUCUUUCUUAUACAAUAUCCUAUAUUAAGCUUAUUAAUAUAAUGCUACAAUCAGCGUUUCUUCUAAGAACAGAAUUGCUGGUUCAGUAGUUAAAUGGUUAAACAGUAAUACAUACUUUCCAAUUUGGUUGGUUUGGAAACAAAUGAAAAAAAAUCAUUAUCUGUAUCUUGGUUUGUAAUUCUAACAAAAAAAAUCCAUGAAUGUGAUACGACAUUUUUGCCAUGUCGCGCACCUCCAGCUGUUCAUGCAACACUGACCAUCCAUCCAUCCAUCCAUCCAUCCAUCUGUCAAUCAACCUUUGCUUCUAGGCUUUGUGUUUAAUGUACUUAUUU